AUGAAAUCAAUACCAGCUGAUGAUUGGGCAAAAUCGUUACAUGAGGUAAACAUUGACCAAGAGGAUUUGCCAUUUGAACGAACAUUGGGCGUCCUUUGGGAUGUAGAACGAGAUUGCUUCACAUUUAAUGUCAAGUCAGUGGACAAGCCUGUAACAAAGAGAGGAGUAUUGAGCACUACCAGUUCCAUCUAUGAUCCUUUAGGAUUCGCAAGCCCUUUCGUGCUCAAGGCUAAAGCAAUCUUUCAAGAGUUGUGCCGCAUGAAAGUUGACUGGGACGAGGAGUUACCUGUGGACAUAGCAGCACAAUGGCACAGAUGGUUGAACGACUUGCCUCUGUUGUCAGCACUGACAAUUCCAAGAUGCCUUAGACCAACAUCCACUAGUUGUUUGUUACCGACCCAGCUCCAUCACUUUUCUGAUGCUUCGGAACUGGCUUACGGUGCUGUUUCAUACAUCAGGAUUGGCGACACCUGCAGGCUGGUGAUGUCAAAGGGCAGACUUGCUCCAAUCAAGCCAGUUAGUAUACCACGACUGGAGCUACUAGCAGCAGUAGUUGCUACAGAGCUGGAUCAGCAUAUCAAGCGCCACUUGGAUAUUCCAAUUGAAAGGACUUUCUUUUGGACAGACAGUACUAUCGUACUUCAGUACAUCAACAACAAGCAUUGUCGCUUCAAGACGUUCAUCGCUAACCGUAUUUCAAAAAUACAUGAGCGUUCAGAAACAUGCCAGUGGAGACACAUUGACUCUACUUCGAACCCUGCGGAUGAUGUCUCUCGAGGAAUGAAUAUGGAAGAGAUUUUGUCGAGUGAACGAUGGGUAUCUGGUCCGCACUUCCUACAACUUGAGGAGGAAUAUUGGCCUGCUCAACCUAUCAUAAAUGAUUUGCCAGAGGAAGCAGAGAUCAAACGAGCCAAAGAAGUCUAUGCAGCUAGCAUAAAACCAAAUCAAGUGAUGAAAAAUGCAGUGGACAGACUACUGGAACGAUACUCCAGUUGGCAUCGAUUAAAAAGGGCUACUGCUAUCCUGUUGCGUGUCAAGGCUUUGUUACGCAAGAAAACAAGUGCGCAUCUUUCUGACCCCAUCACUGUCUGUGAGCUCCAACAAGCAGAGUUAGCCAUUCUCAACUACAUACAAAUGGCAUCUUUUGGAUCUUCUCAAGCCAAACCCAGUUCUCUUCUCAAGCUUAAACCCUUUGAGGAUGAAAACAACCAACUCCUUCAUGUGGGAGGAAGACUAACAAAUGCCCCAAUUCCCUUUGAGGCUAAACAUCCAGUGAUCCUACCCAACAAUCAUCACGUCACCCAGCUGAUUAUCAGUCACUACCAUCUUCGCUUGGGUCAUGCAGGUCCAGAGCGAGUACUUGCAGAAAUUCGUCAACGUUUCUGGAUAUUAAAGGGACGUGCUGUCAUCAACCGAACUCUCAAGUCAUGUCUACAGUGUCGCAAGUUAAGAGCUAAGCCACAAAUCCAGCAAAUGGCAGACUUACCUGACUCUAGAGUGACACCAGUUUGACCGCACGUAUGCAUAUGUAUGCAAAUUCUAACUACAAGUAAACGACAACAACAACGACCAAAAUGUGUACGGUGUGAGUGCUGCACUAGUGGAAUAAAGGACAAAAUCAAGUUCCAAGUUAAUGUUAUCAUUUCAUGGGUAACAUGCAUGUAAUUAUUGAACCUUUUCAAUGUGCAUUGGUAGGCUAACAAAUAGCAAAAUAGGCAGGCAAAGGACAAUCUAUAAGGUGUAGUCACAUUAGAGAAAUUUUGGCAAAAUUUAGCAGGCAAAAAAAAAGGUUUAUUGUCAAUAGAGAUGCAUGACACACCACUCACACAGAAGUCCCUAUUAGACCAAGCAUUUUCAUCAAUAUGUGAUGUUUUUAACUUCAAACCAACUAAAAUAUAAGUAGUGCUUUAAGUUAAAAUGCUUUAAUGAUUCAUUUGUUUCUUACAAACAAACACACAGCUUUUCACUUCACAAGAUGUUAAUUGAUGGAUUGGAGUCGUAUGUAUUACUUGUGGAUUAUUGUGAUGUUUUUAUCAGCUGUUUGUACUCUCAUUCUGACGGCACCCAUUCACUGCAGAGGAUCCACUGGUGAGCAAGUGAUAUAAUGCUAAAUUUCUCCAAAUCUGUCCCGAAGAAAAAACUCAUUUUGGAUGGCCUGAGUGUUAUUUCUUAAGAGUGACAGGCAACCAUAACUGGGAGCAAUAAACCUUGGCUACUAGAAUGAGAAAAUCUCUUUGUAGCCAACUUGGUCUAUAAAACUCUCACAGGAAAUUACAAGGAAACAUGCCUCUUGUCAAGUCCACAGAAGGGUUAUGAGCUACGGGUUCCUGUGAAAAUCGCUUUGUUAUGAUUAUGAUCUCUCUGAGCACUGUGAGGAUGAUAAACGUCUCAAGGAACAUUCACACCUCCCACAAAUUAUUGGAUUCCAUUACAUUGUGGGCUCAAGAGAUGAGGCUGUCAGAAAGAUUAGGGACGGCACUGCACCAGUCCACCCCUGCUUUACACCCAGCAUGCCCUUUGCAUUAGACACCUAAAAACCCAUGCAGUGGCUGCUGCUGUUUUAUGACAUGUUCUAUGCCCUCCUACAGUAUGGGUAUUGCAAAGCCUUCCGAUGUGAGUCCACUAUCCAUGAUAUCACUUUCUCCAGUGAAAAAGUCAUCU